AUGGCAAGCACGCUGGUCGGCCAACAAACUGGUCGUGAUCCGCAUUUGGCCAUGGCCAGCAACUUUAACCAGAAACCGGCGGCGACGGCGGCAGCAAACAUCCACAUCAGGAGCCGGAAACUGGCUCAGGCGAUUACAGCCGGAGGCGUGGCAACAACGGCGCCAAUCAGUGGCAACAACAGCGAUAACAUGGCCAGCAGCAGCAUUGGCAACAUCAGCAGCAACAUCUGCAACAUCUGCAACAUAGACAUAGGCAACAUCAACGACUAUCAGGCGUAUCGAUGGCCACCUCGGAAGAUCCGUAGAAUCUGCACUAUAAAUUCAGAGGCUUCUGGGGAAGAAGACAUCACAAACCAUUGGAACUCAGCUUCGUGUAGAAUCCCAAAUCUAAUAAUCUCCAUUGCCAGAAUGAAGGUCUUUGUCUGCUUGUUGGCUUCUUUGGCUCUGGCCAAUGCCGGUGGCUUCCGCGGCGGUGCUGGCGGUGGUGCCGGCGGUGGCUAUCUGCCUGGAGGAGGACGUGGAGGCGGCGGUCGUCCUGCCAUUGGAGCUGGCCUCAUCUCCCAUGUCUCGCAGUCGCAGGGCAACACCAAGGUCCAUAUUGGCGGUGGUGCUGCCGGUGGCGGCGGUGCCUAUGGAGCUGGCGGUGCUGGCUUUGGCGGUGGUGCUGCCUCGUAUGGUGGCGGCGCUGCUGGUGGCUGGCAGGGAGCCGGACGUGGCGCUGGAGGAGCUGGCGGCUGGCAGGGAGCUGGACGUGGCGCUGGAGGAGCUGGCGGCUGGCAAGGAGCUGGCGGUGCUGGAGGAGCUGGUGGCUGGCAGGGAGCCGGUGGUGCUGGAGGAGCUGGUGGCUGGCAGGGAGGCGCUGGCGGUGCCGGUGGCAAUGCCUGGGGCAAUCCCGCCGAAUUCGAUUACACAGUGAACCAUGCUUCUGGCGGUGCCGGUGGUGCCUAUGGCGGAGCUCGUGGUGGUGCUGGUGGCGCCUAUGGUGGUGGCUCUCGUGGCGGUGCUGGCUGGUGGAACGAUUAG